AUGCUACCGUUCACUCCUCAGGAGGAGCUUUGGAACCAAAAAAUGGAGGUGUUCGGAGGCGGCGCAAGCAGCGGCGAGGUGGAUGGUCUUAAAAUGGUUGAUGAGCCAAUGGAAGAGGGAGAAGCAGAUUCUUGCCAAGAUGAAGGAAUUGUUAAAGAAAUCCCUAUUACUCAUCAUGUUAAGGAAGGGUAUGAGAAAGCAGAUCCUGCACAAUUUGAGUUGCUCAAAGUUCUUGGUCAGGGAUCCUUUGGAAAGGUUUUUCUUGUUCGAAAGAAGACUGGUCCUGAUGCUGGGCAGCUCUAUGCAAUGAAGGUGUUAAAAAAAGCUUCUUUAAAAGUUCGAGACAGAGUUCGGACAAAGAUGGAGAGGGAUAUACUGGUGGAAGUAAAUCAUCCAUUUAUUGUCAAAUUACACUAUGCCUUUCAGACUGAAGGGAAGCUGUAUUUAAUACUAGAUUUUCUCAGGGGAGGAGAUGUCUUUACAAGAUUAUCCAAAGAGGUUCUGUUUACAGAGGAAGAUGUGAAAUUCUACCUUGCAGAACUGGCACUUGCUUUGGAUCAUCUGCACCAAUUAGGAAUUGUAUAUAGAGACCUGAAACCAGAAAACAUUUUGCUUGAUGAAAUAGGACAUAUCAAGUUAACAGAUUUUGGACUCAGCAAGGAAUCUGUAGAUCAAGAAAAGAAGGCUUACUCAUUUUGUGGUACAGUGGAGUACAUGGCUCCUGAAGUAGUAAAUAGGAGAGGCCACUCCCAAAGUGCUGAUUGGUGGUCAUAUGGUGUACUUAUGUUUGAAAUGCUUACUGGUACUCUGCCAUUUCAAGGUAAAGACAGAAAUGAGACCAUGAAUAUGAUAUUAAAAGCAAAACUCGGAAUGCCUCAGUUUCUUAGUGCUGAAGCACAAAGUCUACUAAGGAUGUUAUUCAAAAGAAAUCCAGCAAAUAGAUUGGGUUCAGAAGGAGUUGAGGAAAUCAAAAGACAUCUUUUUUUUGCAAAUGUUGACUGGAAUAAAUUAUAUAGAAGAGAAGUUCAACCUCCUUUCAAACCGGCUUCUGGAAAACCAGAUGAUACUUUUUGUUUUGAUCCUGAGUUUACUGCAAAAACACCUAAAGAUUCUCCUGGUUUACCAGCUAGUGCUAAUGCUCAUCAACUCUUCAAAGGAUUCAGCUUUGUGGCAACUUCUAUUGCAGAAGAAUAUAAAAUCACUCCUGUUACAAGUGCAAAUGUGUUACCAAUUGUUCAGAUAAAUGGAAAUUCUGGACAAUUUGCUGAAUUAUAUGAACUAAAAGAAGAUAUUGGUGUUGGCUCCUAUUCUGUUUGCAAGCGAUGCAUACAUACAGCUACGAACAUGGAAUUUGCAGUGAAGAUCAUUGACAAAAGUAAGAGAGACCCUUCAGAAGAAAUUGAAAUAUUGAUGCGCUAUGGACAACACCCCAACAUUAUUACUUUAAAGGAUGUUUAUGAUGAUGGUAGAUAUGUUUACCUUGUUACGGAUUUGAUGAAAGGAGGAGAACUACUUGACCGUAUUCUCAAAAAAAAGUGUUUCUCAGAACGGGAAGCUAGUGAUGUACUGUUUGUAAUAAUUAAGACAGUUGACUAUCUUCAUUGUCAAGGAGUUGUUCAUCGUGAUCUUAAACCUAGUAAUAUUUUAUAUAUGGAUGAAUCGGCCAAUGCAGACUCCAUUAGGAUCUGUGAUUUUGGGUUUGCAAAACAGCUUCGUGGAGAAAAUGGACUUCUUUUAACUCCAUGCUACACUGCAAACUUUGUAGCACCUGAGGUUCUUAUGCAACAGGGCUAUGAUGCUGCUUGUGAUAUUUGGAGCCUAGGUGUCCUUUUUUACACCAUGCUGGCUGGCUACACUCCAUUUGCUAAUGGCCCCAAUGAUACUCCUGAAGAGAUACUGCUACGUAUAGGCAAUGGCAAGUUCUCUUUGAGUGGUGGAAACUGGGACAAUAUUUCAGAUGGAGCAAAGGAUUUACUCUCCCAUAUGCUACAUAUGGACCCACAUCAGCGGUACACUACAGAACAAGUAUUAAAACACUCAUGGAUAACCCACAGAGAUCAGUUGCUGAAUGAUCAGCCAAAUAGAUAUGAUGCAUCACAUGUCAUUAAGGGAGUAGUGGUCACCACAUGUUCUGCCCUGACUCACAAGACCUUUCAACCAGUCCUUGAGCCUGUUGCUGCUUCAAACUUAGCUCAGCGACGGAGCAUGAAAAAACGAACAUCAACUGGCCUAUAA